AUGGCCUUCUCUAGUCUUUAUGUUAAACGACUCUGUGAUUCACUUGUCGUGAUUAUAGGAAGUGUCGUUAUUUCUGGAAGUAUAUUCGUCCUGUUUUAUCGUAAGGAUAGGAAGAAGUUUUUUCGAAGUUCUUCAGAUUUGCCAGUUGGACUUCCAAAUCCCAGAAAUGUGUGUUACUUUAAUGCAUUGAUGCAAGCGAUUGCAGCAAAUCGAAGUCUUGUACGCCUUUUGAAACGUAGUGCUCGUAUGCGACCAGAUAAAUUCAUGUAUCGUUUAUUAUGUUUAUUAGAGGGAUUACAAUGUUCUUCUCAGUAUAUAACAGAGAAUAAAUUAGAUGUUGUCUUGAGAAGAGCACAUGAAGCACUGAUCAAUGAUAUAGUGAAUACACAAAAUUGGGCAAUUCAUGAACAACAGGAUGCCCACGAACUGUUUGGUUUCAUUAUGGAACGUAUCUGCAGUCUGGAUAAUAAUUUUCUGAGUAAAACCUCUGCUAGACUGACAAGUGAUCUUUUCAAUUUCAGUCUUCCAAAUGAUAAAAGAAUAGUUCUCUGUCGUUCGUAUUGUUCAGCUAUUGAAAGUAUAAAAUUUCGUUCAGUUCUGUGUGAUACAUUUCCAACUCAAGUAUUCGAGCAAACUCUGGUGGCUAGUCGUGUCACUUGUAAUUCAUGCAACUAUCAUAGUAAAGUGGUUAUCCAGCCGGAAGCUUGUCUAACUGUAUUUCUAAAGAAUCCUAACAGUACAACUCCAGCAUCAUCAUCAUCGUCAUCAGCAGCCAGUAAUAAAAAAUUACAAAAUCAACAAUUAAACACUACGACGACGACGACCUCAGUGAUGAAAGUAAUCGAUCUUGUUGAAUGUCUUGAUGCUCAAUCAGCAACAGUUGAACCCUUACCUGAUAUGAAAUGUCCUAAUUGUUUAAAAAAGCCUCCUCCACCUCCUCCUGCUACAACAUCAAAGGUCUCUUCUGCUGUUGCCUCAUCAAAUUAUUGUCAACGUGAACAAUGGAUAACGCAUACACCAAAGUAUUUAGUCCUGUAUAUACAAAGAAGUGAUUGGUUGAAUAUAAACACCACUACAACAACACCGUUUCCAGUGAAUGGUUUUUGUCAAUUCAAUCGAAAUCCUUCAUCAACUUUUAGUAGUACUAGUAGUAGUGGUAGUACUGCUAGAAUUGCAACUAAGCGGUCAGAAUGUGUGCAUAUUCCUGAAUAUUUAAAUAUGGCACCAUAUUUAAUGCUAAAUGGAGGAGUAGUGUCAAAGCAAUCUCCGGCAUCAUUGCAAGUUAUAAAUUCACAUGGUGAUAACACUGUUGACCCUUUUUCAUCGUUCAAUAAUAGAAAAUUAUCACAGAAAGAUUAUUUGAAACCAUACAUUCUGCGUUCAGUUAUUGUUCAUGAAGGUGCAUUUCUUCAAUGUGGACAUUAUAUCACUUAUCGUAAAUGGCAAACACCUCAAACAUUUUAUAGCAAUCUACAAAGACACUAUUGGUUAAUUCGUGUUAUAACCACUUUAUAUGAAUGUAUUACAAAUUAUUUCCGUGGAAUAUCAAAUCCCUUUCAUCAUCGCCAUCAAGUGUCUAAUUCACCGUGGAUAUUGACAUCAGAUUCACAUGUAAUGCGUGUACCAUUUAAACAAGUCCAAUCAAGUCCUGCUUAUCUAGUAUUCUAUGAACGUUUAUCAUCAUCAUACAAUCAUCAUUUCAAUGAUAUACAAUCGAUAAUGAACAGUACAGAUCAUACACUAUCACCGGUACCGCCACCGCCAACGCUAACACCAUCACCACUACUAAUCGAUACAGCAACUAUUAUGGAUAAUUAUACUGAAGAAGAAAUAAGCAGUGAAGAUGAAAGCUAUCCGUGUAGUUCAACGUUAAAUUGUCAUUCUCGACAUAGGCAGUUAUCGAAAGCAGAUAUUAUUAAAGCUUAUGCAUCAUAUGCUUCAACUUUUCAAAUGUAUGAUAAAUCAUGUGAUGUACUUUACUUUUAUCGUAUUUUGUUUUUUGUGUGUGGAGUGAUGAGAUGUAGUCAUCUUAUAUAG